GAAACACUGGAUUUGAUCACAGGAGACCCUACAGUUCUGUUUAAAUGGCCUAUUCACUAGGAUAAAGUCUUCUAUGUUUUUCUGACACGUUGCUCAGAGACACGCGCCUGAGAAACUCCCUGGCCUCAUGGCUGCCACUGAGGCUCCCGAUGCGUCUCCUACUCCCACCAGUGAUGGCACAGCACAACAGACCACCCUCGCCACCACAGAUAUAGUGGUGCUUGUCAUCUACUUCCUCUUGGUACUGGCUGUGGGCUUGUGGUCCAUGUGGAAGACCAAGAGGAGCACAGUGGAUGGAUAUUUUCUAGCUGGCAAAAACAUGACUUGGUGGCCAGUGGGUGCGUCUCUGUUUGCCAGUAAUGUGGGCAGUGGUCACUUCAUUGGUCUUGCUGGCUCUGGGGCAGCAGCUGGUAUCGGUGCCGUCGCUUACGAAUGGAAUGGCAUGCUGAUGGUGCUUGUCAUGGGUUGGCUGUUUUUACCCAUCUAUAUUGCAUCAAGGGUCACAACAAUGCCUGAGUAUUUAAAGAAACGUUUUGGGGGCAAAAGGAUACAGUUAUUUCUUUGUGUUUUAUAUCUAUUUAUCUACAUCUUCACCAAAAUAUCAGUAGACAUGUACGCAGGAGCUGUGUUCAUCCAGCAGGCUCUGCAGUGGAAUAUUUACCUCGCUGUGGUUUUGCUUCUGGGCAUUACUGCUCUGUACACUAUCGCAGGUGGUCUGGCAGCAGUGAUCUACACUGAUGCGGUUCAGACCAUCAUCAUGGUGAUCGGAGCCCUGAUCCUCAUGGGCUUCAGUUUUGCAGAAGUUGGGGGAUUUGAAGCUGUCCUGGACAAGUAUCCUCAAGCUAUUCCCUCCAUCCGAGUGCCCAACACCACCUGUGGAAUCCCUCGUGACGAUGCUUUUCAUAUUUUCCGUCACCCUGUGACCUCUGACCUGCCCUGGCCUGGAGUAAUCCUAGGCAUGUCCAUACCAUCCAUGUGGUACUGGUGUUCUGACCAGGUGAUAGUGCAGCGUUCACUAGCAGCUAAGAAUAUUCUGCAUGCUAAAGGGGGAUCUCUGCUGGCCGCUUACAUCAAAGUUUUGCCCUUCUUCAUGAUGGUGAUCCCAGGCAUGAUCAGCAGAAUACUUUACCCAGACGAGGUGGGCUGUGGAGACCCGGAGGUGUGUAAAGAAGUUUGUGGGAAUUCGGUGGGCUGCUCGGACAUCGCUUAUGCUAAGCUGGUCAUGGAGCUCCUUCCUGCAGGUCUGAGGGGUUUAAUGAUGGCGGUGAUGUUGGCUGCGCUCAUGUCCUCUUUGACCUCUAUAUUCAACAGCUCCAGCACUAUUUUCACCAUGGACCUGUGGAGGAACAUCCGUCACACUGCCUCUGAGUGGGAGCUCAUGAUUGUGGGAAGGGUGUUUGUACUGGUGUUAGUGGUGGUGUCGGUGCUGUGGAUUCCUCUGGUUCAGGCCAGUCAGGGCGGGCAGCUCUUCAUCUACAUCCAGUCCAUCAGUAUGUACCUGCAGCCCCCCAUAACGGUCAUCUUUGUGGCUGGAUGCUUCUGGAAACGGACCAAUGAGAAGGGGGCAUUUUGGGGUCUAAUGGUGGGAAUGGCAGUUGGUUGUACGCGGAUGAUACUGGAUUUCAUCUAUCCCACACCGCAGUGCUACGAGAGCGACACCAGGCCUGACAUCAUCAAAUACGUUCACUUCCUCUACUUCUCCAUCAUUCUUACUAUCCUCACGCUUGUCGUGGUGGUGUGUGUCAGUCUGGCCACGGAAAAACCCAAACCAGAACAGAUCAGUCGGUUGACAUGGUACACGCGCUUUGAUGCGGUAAUAGAAAGUGAAGAGGUCGUGUCUUCAGAGCUCUAUACCAUCGACAACGACAUAAAAGUCAGAGAAAAUGAAGCACUUCCUGCCAAAGAAGAUUCCAGCGGUUCGGUGUCCAGCAAUGCAGGCUCGUCUAAACUGAAGUCUGCUCUCUUCUGGCUGUGUGGAAUGGAGAAGCAGACAGAAAAGUCCUCUUCAUCUCCUGCUCCUCCAGACGCUGCCAUGUGUUCCCUGGAGGAAGAGCCCUGUAUGAAACACGUGGUCAAUGCAAACCUCAUCAUCUGUGUGUCAGUGGCCGUCUUUCUCAUCGCCUACUGGGCAUAGAGACACUCCUCCUUCAUAAUUUAUUUGUACUGCAAAAGUCAGCUUUAUGGAGUUUGAUGAUUACUAAAUUCUGCGUAAACUGGUAAAGUCUAGAUCAGUGGUUCUCAAACGUUUUUCAUCAAGUACCACCUCGGAAAAUAAUUGUCUCUCCAAGUACCCCCAUAAUGAUGAGAAAGAAUAAUUCCUAAUAUUAAAAAUAUUUAUUAUUGUCAGCCACCUUAAACAUAAUAAAUAGUCUGAACAUUAA